GUCAGUGAGCGAAUUUUCAAUUUAUUUACGUAUUUAUUCCCAAAAUACUGGAUUAGAACACGGAUUUAUUCGUCGGAAUGACAUCUUUGCAGUUCAAAGAUGCUUUUUGGAGCGAAGAUUUCACAAGCUAUCCCGGCUACGAGGCCCUGACUCAGAGGUUGAAAGAUGGCCGACGUGCCUGCAGGGAUUUUGAGGAUCUCCUGAAGAUGAGGGCUCAAGCAGAGGAGCGCUAUGGCAAGGACCUGCUGACUAUAGCGCGGAAGGCAGGAGGUCAGACAGAGAUCUGUACGUUGAGAGCAUCAUUCGACCAACUCAAGGCCGAGAUAGAGAGCAUUGGCCAUUUGCACAUCCAGCUGUCCGGGAUGCUGAAGGAGGAACUGCAGAGGAUGGAAGAGUUCCGAGAACGACAUAAGGAACAGAGAAAGAAGUUUGAAGGAAUCCUAGAGAAAGUUCAGAAAUUGAAGGUGUCGUCAUAUAAGAAGACAAUGGAGUUCAAACGAUCCUACAAGCAGAGGUGCAAAGAGGCUGAUGAGGCGGAGCAAGCCGUGGAGAGGCUGGGGACCAUGGCAACAGCUACGCCCAAACAGACCGAAAAGGCGCAGGACAAAGCCAAGCUGUGCAGAGAGACGGCAAACGAAGCCGAGAAGCACUACAUGUCCAGUGUGGACCAAUUGGACAGUGUUCGUGAGGACUGGGAGACCACACACCGGAGCACCUGUGAGUUGUUCCAGCAGCAGGAGGAAGACCGCAUCAACAUUCUAAGAAAUGCCAUGUGGGUCCACUGCAACCACCUCUCCGUGCAGUGCGUCAAAGAUGACGAGUUAUACGACAAGGUGAGAAGCAGUCUUGAACAGUGUGACAUCGCCGCAGACAUCAACGGCUUCAUCGAGCUGAAGAAGACCGGGCUAAAUCCACCGGCACCCAUCGUCUUUGAGAAUUACUACGCCGGGGAUAAUCUCCCAGACAGCAACGGCAGCAUGCGAUUCGGAGGCGCAGGAGCGGUGAUUAAAAGGUUUUCAAAUCUAUUGCAAGGAUCCUGUUCCUCUGGCUCAAAGUUGAACAUCAGCAACUGCGCUGAACAGACUCCGCCACCUAGUGACUCCUGUGAGCAGAAAGACAGAGUGUACGCUUCCAUACCUGGCCUGCAGGGGGCAUCCGGAACUGAGGCACUAGAGGAUGAUGGAUAUGUAGCGCUAUACGACUACAUUGCACAAAACGAAGACGAGCUGUCCAUCUCCACGGGGGACGUCGUCACGGUGAUGGAUCAGAGCGAGGACGGGUGGUGGACCGUGCGGAAGGACGGACAGGCGGGACUGGUCCCUGGAUCGUACCUGGAAAGAGCCUGAUCCCUCUCAUACACGUGUGUGCGCACUUUUACAUGAGCAGACAUGCACAAACACAUAUACACACACAUGCUGUACAAACACAGACACGCACAUAUACUGUACGAACACACAUAUGUGCACAAACACACAUACAUACACAUAUACUGUACAAACACACAUACAGUGGGAGCAAUAAUUAUUUGAUCCCUUGCUGAUUUUGCAGGUUUGCCCACUUACAAAGAAUGGAACUGUGUAGAAUUUUAAUCAUAGGUACAUUUUAACAUUGAGAGACAGAAUAUCACAAAAUAAUCCACAAUAACAACACAAUAACAACAUGCAAUAUAAACAUAAAUUUAUCAAAUUUAUAUGAUGUUGUUAUUGUGGAUUAUUUUUGAUAUUCUGUCUCUCAAUGUUAAAAUGUACCUAUGAUUAAAAUUCUACACAGUAGAUAAUAUGGGCAUAUACUGUACAUACACACAUACAUGCUCAAACACACAGACAUGCACAUAUACUGUACACACGUACACAUGCACAAACACACAUACACGCACAUAUACUGUUCAUUCACAAGAACACACACAUAAAUAUAAAUAUAAAAUAUGGCAGAUUUGCAGGUAAAAUGACCAAACAGGAGUGGGAGAGGGGGGUAAGAUACGGGAGGAAGCCAGGAAAAACAGGAGUGUUGACAGACAUGACUGACAUACUCACGCACAUGCAUGAUGUCAGCAGAGACAGACAGGAAUCUCCUCCAUCCUGCGAUCCAGCCCUGGCCCCCCUAAGCCAGUCCGUCACCCGAUUCAGUUCCCCAGCACACCACGGCUCACCACACACAAAACAACUCAGUCAGAAAAGGCUAGCAAUUAUUUAUUUUAAAUAAUAAGCCAUCAAGUACACGUGUAAGUCGGUCUCUCAAUCUCAAACACAGGGACAAACUACACCGUGUUCCAAAUUAUUAUGCAAAUUGUAUUUAAGUGUCAUAAAGAUUACAUUUUUUGUUUUUCAAUUAAACUCAUGGAUGGUAUUGUGUCUCAAGGAUCUUUGGAUCACUGAAAUCAAUAUCAGACACCUGUGAUAAUUAGUUUGCCAGGUGAGCCCAAUUAAAGGAAAAACUACUUAAGAAGGGGACGUUCCACAUUAUUAAGCAGACCACCAUUUUCAAGCAAUAUGGGAAAGAAAAAGGAUCUCCCUGCUGCCGAAAAGCGUGAAAUAGUUGGACAAGGUAUGAAAACCUUAGAUAUUUCAUGAAAACUUAAGCGUGAUCAUCGUACUGUUAAGAGAUUUGUGGCUGAUUCAGAGCACACACGGGUUUAUGCAGAUAAAGUCACAAUGAGGAAGGUUUCUGCCAGACAAAAACAUUGGAUUAAUAGAGCAGCUGCUAAAAUGCCAUUACAAAGCAGCAAACAGGUAUUUGAAGCUGCUGGUGCCUCUGGAGUCCCGCAAACAUCAAGGUGUAGGAUCUUCCAGAGGCUUGCAGUUAUGCAUAAACCUUCUAUUCGGCCACCCCUAAGCAGAAACGGCUGCAGUGGGCCUAGAAAUACAUGAAGACUAAUUUUCGAACAGUCUUGUUCACUGAUGAGUGCCGUGCAACCCUGGAUGGUCCAGAUGGAUGGAGUAGUGGAUGGUUGGUGGACGGCCACCAUAUCCCAACAAGGCUGCGACGUCAGCAAGGAGGUGGCGGAGUCAUGUUUUGGGCCGGAAUCAUGGGGAGAGAGCUGGUCGGUCCCUUUAGGGUCCCUGACGGUGUGAAAAUGACCUCUGAAAAGAGGAACCGUGCUUUCCGUAACAAAAUCAUCUUCAUGCAUGACAAUGCACCAUCUCAUGCUGCAAGGAAUACCUCUGCAUCAUUGGCUGCUAUGGGCAUAAAAGGAGAGAAACUCAUGGUGUGGCCCCCAUCCUCCCCUGACCUCAACCCUAUUGAGAACCUUUGGAGCAUCCUCAAGCAAAAGAUCUGCAAGAAUUGUGAAGCUGCUGUCAAAUAAGGGGUCCUAUGUUAAAAUGUAACUGUUAAGAUGUUUUUUAUUGAAAUAGCUUUUGAUUUCGGUAAAUAUGACCUCCUAAUGCUGCAAAUUCAACAAAUGACCAUUUUCAGUUCUUUAAUCAUUUGGAACAGUGCAUUUUAAGUUUUUAAUUUUUGAAAAAAAUACUGUUAUCAUUGGGAGGUUUGUUCAAUAACAUUCGAAUUAUACCCUAACAGUUGAUGACUUGAAAAUUAUGCUGACUGUCAUUUGCAUCGACUAUUUAGGAAAAUCUGAGAAAAAUAUCAUUUGCAUAAUAAGUUGGAACACAGUGUAUACGUCUUCAUACUCAUUAUGCAGGUUUUGGUUGAGAAUGUUUCAACCUUACUGCACAGUACGGAGGGCUGGCUUCUUGCUGAUGUACAGAGAAGUACAGGCUCUAAUAUGCCCUUUCAUAUGUCCCUGCAUUUACAGUACAUUGGACCUUCAUAUGACACCAAGUUAUUAUUCCUUACCAGCUUAGAGGAUCAAAUGGUUUUUAUUUCCUCGUCUCUGGUCUGCCCUUGAAGGCACCAGCAGGAUCCGUUUCAGCAGUCUGCGUAAUCUUCAAACUGCCAUCUCCCACUUACGUAUUUCUAAAAUAAUUUUGUUUUGGAAAAUAAACUGAGGGAUGCUUUGUCCAGCAGCUUCUAAUGGUGUAAAAAUAAAUCUGUACUGUACCCAUGUAGCGAUGUACUCUAAUGCAUCCACCAGAUGGUGCUGCUAUGCUAUUUUUGUUACUUGUCCUCCACUCCCUAGGUCUAAGUUAAAAAAAAAAGUAAUGCUUUAAUAUAUAGAUACAUUUUUUGUGGUUCAAAUAAAAAUGUAAAUGUCUCAUUCUUGGAGACCCAAAUCAAAA